GGGUAAUCUCUCUCUUCUCUUUCCUAUUCAUUCUGUCUUGUAACAACUCUUGGCUUUUAAGGAUGGCCAAUGCAUAUAGCACUGUGUUUUUGGUUUUACUUCACAUUUACCUGAGCUUUGUGUUAACUCAUUCAGCACCUGAAAGUGCCAUUGUGACACAGAUUCCAGGCUUUAAUGGAACUUUACCUUCCAAGCACUAUGCUGGGUAUGUGACAGUGGAUGAAAGUCAUGGAAGGAAUUUGUAUUACUAUUUUGUUGUGUCAGAAGGUAAACCUUCUGAGGACCCAAUGGUUCUGUGGCUUAAUGGGGGACCUGGGUGCUCUAGCUUUGAUGGCUUCAUAUAUGAACAUGGUCCUUUUAAUUUUGAAGCAGCAAAGACAAAGGGAAGCUUGCCCACACUGCAUCUCAAUCCAUACAGCUGGUCAAAGGUUUCCAAUAUUUUAUACUUGGAUUCUCCUGCUGGUGUGGGAUUUUCAUACUCGGAGAAUGAAACUGAUUACGAAACCGGAGACAUUAAGACUGCCUUGGAUACACAUGCCUUUAUCCUUAAGUGGUUUGAGCUAUACCCCGAGUUCCUUCCUAACCCAUUCUUCAUUGCUGGAGAGUCAUAUGCUGGAGUUUAUGUGCCUACUCUUGCUUAUGAAGUAAUGAAAGGAAUUGAUGCUGGUGUGAAGCCAAAUCUGAAUUUCAAGGGUUACAUGGUUGGAAAUGGUGUUACAGAUGAAAAAUUUGAUGGCAAUGCUCUUGUUCCAUUUGCACACGGAAUGGGUCUUAUCUCAGAUGAGCUGUUCGAGGCGGUUAAUAGUGAUUGCAAUGGGAAUUUCUAUAAUCCACUCAGUGAUAAUUGUUCUAGCAAGCUUGCAAAAGUUGAUAAGGACAUCGAUGGUUUAAACAUAUAUGACAUUCUAGAACCAUGCUAUCAUGGCACAGAGGCACAGGAGAUUUCACCAUCGUAUAUUAGGUUGCCGUCGAGCUUCCGGAAGUUGGGUGAGACUGAGAGACCUCUUCCUGUGAGGAAAAGAAUGUUUGGUCGUGCUUGGCCGCUAAGAGCACCUGUGAGAGAUGGAAAUGUACCAACUUGGCCGCAACUGAUGAAUAGCAACAAUGUCCCAUGCACUGAUGAUGAGAUUGCGAACACAUGGUUGAACAAUGAAGCAGUCAGGAAAGCAAUUCACACUGCACAGAAAAGUUUGGUCAGUAGUUGGGUGUUAUGCACGGACAAAAUUUCGUUCAAUCAUGAUGCUGGGAGCAUGAUCAAGUACCACAAGAACCUAACUUCUAGAGGAUAUCGAGCACUUAUUUUCAGUGGUGAUCAUGACAUGUGUGUUCCUUUUACGGGGAGUCAAGCUUGGACGAGAUCAGUUGGGUACAAGAUUGUUGAUGAAUGGAGGCCUUGGUUAUUCAAUGGUCAAGUUGCUGGGUUUACACAAGGAUACGACAACAAUCUUACUUUUAUGACCAUUAAGGGAGCUGGGCAUACUGUUCCGGAAUAUAAACCACAAGAGGCUUUGGAUUUUUAUAAACGCUUUCUCGCUGGAUUGCCAAUAUGAGAGGGGGAAGAGAGAAGAAGAUGGAGUAAUGCAUUAUGCAGCUUUGGAUUAUCUUUAUACUCUAUUAAUGAUCCAAACGCGAUGUUAUAUCUGUAUCCUAUGUUUACCUCACUAAUUUAUUACCACAAUCAAUAUACUUUCUGUAUUUAAAAUAUGACUAUGGCAAUUUA